UAGUAACUGGAUUUUACGGGUGUCAAGAUCUUGGCUUGACCUUUAACCACACGGAGAGUUUUGUGAUGGCUACUCCCAUGUGGAAAUCAAGGCUGUUGUUAGAAUCAACUCAUUCCUAGGUCUUGGGUGUCCCUGCUGCCCUGAGGCCAGUCCUGGGGAGGGCAUGGGCACUCCCAGGUGUCAUGUUACCACUGCUCUGUCCACAAGGGACAUCUCCCCAAGACCCCUGUCCUUGCCACCCUUGCCUCUAAGACUCUCUCAGACCCCUGCCGCUGGUUGAGCAUUGGGUCUUUACUAUUAUCUUUUUUCCUUAAAUGUGGGGGUAUUUUGAAGUUUAUGAAUUUCCAAUUCAAUACUUUCAGUAUACAAAACAAUGCCUGGAAUUACAAAUGAGAGUGGGCGGUGCUAUAGUCAUUAAAGUUACUCUUUAAAAAUCAUACGUGAUUCUUGGUGCUUUCAACAAGAAGCUACGGUGGCCGUGUCACUUUGAAGCAGUGGUCACAGAAGCCGUGCAUCCAGAUGUGUGCAACAAAGUGACGGCACCGCGCGGACACGCAGGAUCGCAGGAGACGCUAAUGCGGGCCAAGCUGUUCCGGUUCGCUUCAGAGAACGACCUCCCGGAGUGGAAGGAGCGGGGCACCGGGGACGUCAAACUGCUGAAGCACAAGGAGAAGGGGACCAUCCGCCUCCUCAUGCGCAGGGACAAGACCCUCAAGAUCUGCGCCAACCACUACAUCACGCCAAUGAUGGAGCUGAAGCCGAACGCAGGCAGUGACCGUGCCUGGGUCUGGAAUACCCACGCAGACUUCGCCGACGAGUGCCCCAAGCAGGAGUUGCUGGCCAUCCGCUUCCUUAACGCCGAGAAUGCACAGAAAUUCAAAACGAAGUUUGAAGAAUGCAGGAAAGAGAUUGAAGAGAGAGAAAAGAAAGGAUCUGGCAAAAAUGAUAGUGCCGAGAAAGUAGCUGAAAAGCUAGAAGCUCUUUCGGUGAAGGAGGGCAAGGAGCCUGAGAACGAGACCAAGGAGGUGGCUGAGGAGGAGCAAUGAGUCGGCUCCCGUUGUGUUCUUUCUCCCUGUCUUUUCCCUUUUUCUUUUUUUAAAUUUUGCCCUGCACCCUUCUUUUUGGUUUGUUUUUAUUCUGUUUUGUUUUUACAAGGGACUUUAUAUAAAGAACUGACUUCCAACAUUCAGGUUGUUUUUUUCUAAGUUUUUGCCGUAAUGAAGACGACUUCAGAAAAUCCAUUACCCAGUCGUGAGAAUGUACUGUGCUAACUUUCUUUUCCAUAGUGGAAACACUUAUUUAUAGUCAUCAAAAUAGCAAAUAAACAACACGUUUGAAACUUG